CCUACAACUAAAAAGGAACAGAGAGAGUAGUAACAAUAAAUACAUAUUCUUUUUAUAUUCUACUUAUCGUAUUUUUUUUUCAUCAGAUCUGGUGGUCUCUUUUAGAAAAUGUCUGCAUAUGAUAAUGUGGUUGGUGGGAAGUUGAAACUAAAGGGAAAGGCAUUGGAUGUAAAAGCCGCUGGAAUUAAGAAAAAGAAAAAGAAGGAAAAGAGGGAUUAUGAUCAAAUCUCCCAGGUUACAGAAAACGAGCUUUCAACUGAUGGUGGUAGUGGAUCCAUAGAUAAUUCCACCAAGGAAGAGACCACAGAUGCAACUAAAUCUGUUGGUGAAGAAAAUGCCGGUCGCUGGGAUGAUAAUCUAACCCCUGCAGAGAGGCGCUACAUAGAACAAAGAGAGAGGAUCGACAUGCAUAAGAUGGCCAAGACUGCUAAUAAAUCACAUCGCGAUCGAAUUGAAGAUUUCAAUCAGUACUUGGCGAACAUGAGUGAGCACUAUGACAUUCCCAAAGUUGGCCCUGGCUAAUUAAGAACAAAUCAGAAAUUUUCUGCUGCAUCUCUGUAUCUCGUUUACGGAAGCAUCUUUAGUAGCUACUAUUUCGAAUUUCGUAUUUCGUAUUCUGUAAUUUAGAAGUUUCCUUGGUUCGAUGGUCUCUGCAUGAUCAUCUUCUUUCUGAGGCUGAACCUCACUAUGAUGUUGUUCUAAUGGAUGUAAAUUUUCAGAUUGUAUGUACUUAAAUUGAAAGUUUUUUACCAAUUUCUAUCAAGUGAAAACACUUCAGAAGGUGGAGAAUUUUCCUCAAA